AUGCCGGACUACAUCACGAGGAAGUGUGAGACGUACCUACGCGCACAACAGGCACUUCAGCGAGUCCUACCUCACCAAGGACCUCGGGGCUCCAGUCGAGGAGCGGUCUCCUCAGGAGGCCCAGGCUGGAGCAGGCGAGCAGGGCAAGCCGCCACGCCAGUCAGUGACCCAGUGGAUGGCUCGACGACCAACCCAGCGGAUGAAGAAGACCGCAGCAGCACGCAGGAAGAUGACCAGUGGCGCUGGGGAGGUUGGCAUACAGGCUGGUCGUGGGGCAGCUGGGAAUCCAACUCUUACGGUUGGAACCGAUGGACCGACACCUACUACCACUCUGGUGCCGAGAAGCGCGAGAGCUUGAUUGACAUCCUGCCGGACUUCGUGCAGGGAUGGUACCUGCUGUUUGACAGUGGCCUGAGCACCAAUGAACGCAACAUGAUACACACAGCGGUGCAAGGCGACUACUCAUUACAGAGGGUGGCUCAGGAGUUGAGAUCUCAAUGGGAUGAGCAUAGCCUACGACAACGAGAUGGUCACGGCCGAGGCCAGGCAAGCUACAUGGGCGAGGAUGACGGGGCCGAUGACGAUGAAGACAUCCUCCAGGAGGGCUACAUGCUGGACAACCUCAACGAGGAAGGACAGGCCUUGAUGACCGAGGCAGAAGAAGACGCACAGCAAGCGCUUGCUGUGAUCCAGCAGGCCCGGAGGACCCUGAAGGAAGCCCGCGCUCGCCAGCAACAGGUGAAACUUUCUCGCCAGUACUUCCGAAAUGGACCACCGCGGACGGGAACUUCGGCGAGCAGUGGGCCUCCAAGGCCUGGCAGCGGGAGCUCAUGGCGACCGGGAGCUCCUCGGGAUGACAGCCGGAUGGUUUGCCUUAAGUGCAACAAGGUGGGACACCGAGCGGCAAACUGCCCCCAGAAGGAGUCCUCCAGCAGCCAGGCGCAGAUGGCGGAUGAGCAGGAUGUGGAGCACGCCCCGUUCAUCUGCUACAGUGAGCAGGCCCUCUCAGCUUCGGAAGAGACAGCCUACAUGACCACACAGGAGGCUGUGAAGGAGGGCUGGUGUGUCCUGGACGGCGGAGCAACCAAGACCUUGGGAAGCAUCAACGCCGUGCAGAACGUGAUAGACAAGAACAUGGAGGACGACGGA